AUGGACCCUGAGGGAGCGCCCAUGGAAGCCCGGCCUCCCGUCAGCGACGUGGUUGUGCACAGUGACUGGUCGAUCUGGUUCACAGAUCCGCCUCACGGACACGCGCAAGGGAUCCAGCCGACGUCAACCCUGUCGCAUCAGGCCUGUCGGUUCGAUCCCAAGGGGGGAUGGUUUGGCCGGCCGAAUGGGAUCUGCUGCAGCCCAUUUAAAUCGAUGCUCUACAUCACCGACACCGAUUAUAUCCACGGCAACUGGGAUAAAGAAUGGAAGAGGCCGUCUACCAUAUAUGCUCUCGACGUGUGGACGUACUCUGGUCAGCCGUUUCUCAUGAAUCGCCUGGUGUUCGCAUUGGCUGAGGUCAGACGUGCCAAACAGGAUCAAGUGCGGUGUAUCAACGUGUGGGCACCAGGAGUCGUGCUGUGUCGUAAAGUGAGGAUGAGGGGAGGUGUGGCUAACUUCUGCUUCGGAAGGGAGGGCGAGAUGUUCAUCCUGAACCAGACGAGGCUAUGGAGGGCCACGUUGGCUGAGCGGACGAAAGGGGCAUUGUUACGUGUACGGCAAAGGCAAGGUAAAACCUGA